GCCCCGUGCCUUCCGCGCAGCACAGCAGACAGCUGCAGCCCGCGGGGUCCGCUCCGAGCCGGGCACUCAGCUAGAGACCUGCCCCUCGCCAGCCACGCAGGCACAGGCAGAGCCCUGGGCUGAACAGUCAUGACAGCUGAAAAGACUAUUCCUAUAAUUAACGGCAAGCCGGAAGAUGCUUUGGACCCAGAAGCCUCAAGUACCAACCUCGUCCACAGCAAUGAUAAGAAAGUUCAUGAAAGGGGUCACUGGAACAAUAAGAUUGAAUUUGUGCUUUCUGUGGCAGGGGAGAUUAUUGGGUUGGGAAAUGUGUGGAGAUUCCCAUAUCUUUGCUACAAGAAUGGAGGAGGUGCCUUCCUUAUCCCAUAUGUGGUAUUUUUUAUUUGCUGUGGAAUACCAGUAUUUUUCUUGGAGACAGCCUUGGGACAGUUUACUAGUGAAGGAGGCAUUACAUGCUGGAGGAAAGUUUGCCCUCUAUUUGAAGGCAUUGGAUAUGCUACCCAAGUUAUAGAAGCACAUCUAAAUGUGUAUUACAUCAUCAUUUUAGCAUGGGCUAUCUUCUACUUGUUUAACUGCUUUACUACAGAGCUUCCUUGGGCCACCUGUGGGCAUGAAUGGAAUACAGAAAACUGUGUGGAAUUUCAAAAACUUAAUAUGAGCAACUGCAGUCAAGUCUCUUUACAAAAUGCUACUUCUCCAGUGAUGGAAUUCUGGGAACGAAGGGUGCUGGCUAUAUCUGAUGGAAUUGAACAUAUUGGGAAUCUUCGCUGGGAACUUGCACUGUGCCUCCUUGCUGCUUGGACUAUCUGCUAUUUUUGCAUUUGGAAAGGAACGAAGUCUACUGGAAAGGUUGUGUAUGUAACAGCCACAUUCCCUUAUAUCAUGUUGAUGAUUCUUCUGAUUCGUGGAGUAACAUUACCAGGUGCUUCAGAGGGGAUAAAAUUCUACCUGUACCCUGACCUCUCUCGACUGUCUGACCCACAGGUGUGGGUGGAUGCUGGCACACAGAUAUUUUUCUCUUAUGCGAUCUGCUUGGGGUGCUUGACAGCUCUGGGAAGUUACAACAACUACAAUAAUAACUGCUACAGAGACUGCGUCAUGCUCUGCUGCUUGAACAGUGGCACAAGCUUUGUUGCUGGUUUUGCUAUCUUUUCAGUUCUUGGAUUUAUGGCUUAUGAGCAAGGCGUGCCCAUUGCAGAAGUUGCAGAAUCAGGCCCAGGACUUGCAUUUAUCGCUUACCCUAAAGCUGUUACCAUGAUGCCUCUUUCUCCUUUAUGGGCAACUCUGUUCUUCAUGAUGCUCAUAUUCCUUGGAUUAGAUAGUCAGUUUGUGUGUGUUGAAAGCAUUGUGACAGCUGUUGUAGAUAUGUACCCAAAGAUUUUCCGAAGGGGCUACCGAAGAGAGCUGCUGAUUCUUGGCCUUUCCAUUGUGUCAUACUUCAUUGGCCUAAUAAUGUUAACUGAGGGUGGGAUGUAUGUCUUCCAGUUGUUUGACUCCUAUGCAGCCAGUGGCAUGUGCCUUCUUUUUGUUGCCAUAUUUGAAUGUGUCUGCAUAGGGUGGGUCUACGGCAGCAAUCGCUUUUACGAUAACAUUGAAGAUAUGAUUGGGUACAAACCUCUGUCACUGAUUAAAUGGUGCUGGAUGGUCUUGACACCAGGAAUUUGCGCAGGAAUUUUCAUCUUUUUCCUGGUGAAAUACAAGCCUCUAAAAUACAACAAUGUAUAUAUAUACCCUGACUGGGGCUAUGGCAUAGGGUGGAUGAUGGCACUCUCUUCCAUGAUCUGUAUCCCUUUGUGGAUCUGCAUAAAGCUGUGGAAGGAAGAAGGCACUUUCAUAGAGAGAUUCAGGAAGUUGAUCACACCGAGCUCAGACCUGAAAAUGAGAGGGAAGCUUGGAGGAGGAGCCUACAUUGCUGCACUAAAUGACUGCGAUGCCAAACUGAAGGGAGACGGCACCAUCUCAACCAUUACAGAAAAGGAGACACAUUUCUGAAAGAACUAUCUUUUUGGUUUGGGUUUUUGUUUGUUCCUCUGUUUGUUUUGUAUAAAAAUAAAUGAAUAAAUAAAGUCACUUAAUGAUAGAGGCUGGCUUGUUUUGCACAAAAUUUUAUUAACCAGUUAAUUUUAAAGUGAACAUUGUAUACUUGUUUAAAAGUGAGUCCUUUU